AUGGCUGAAUGUGAGCAUUUACGCGUUGGUCGAGAAUUUUUAGAAAGUGUUUCAUGGCCUUUCGCAUUUCGUCAAGAAGCUCAUGAUCGAUGUUAUUGUGAACGAUGUUAUCCGCCGCAUUUGAGAGAUACAAUGGAUGUAGCUAAUUACACAUAUGUCAUACCACGUGGAUGGACUCGGUUUGCUAUAUCGGUUGAUGAAGGCUUUUUUAAUCAUCACGAUGUAUGGGAUAAAUGGCUUAAUUGUUAUCAUGGAACAUCUAUUGAGAAUGCCAAAUCUUGUGUUGAACAUCGACACUUACUUUUACCUAAUGAUACUACCAUGCAUGGUAAGAAAUUGGAAAUACGAGAAGGUCAUAUUAAAGGAGAACAUUAUGUAUUUACAACACCAUCGAUUACUUAUGCUGCACUUGAUUACUAUGCUCAUACAUAUCACUUUCAAUCACCUUAUAAUUCGCAAAUCUAUACUAUAAAAGUAGUAUUGCAAUGUAAACAAAAGCCUGAUUCUAUUAUUGUUCAGCCUGAAACUGUUGACGCACGUCGACAAGGAAUAAAAAUAUGUCGUUACAUCCCAAAUGACAAACUAGAAUGGAAAACACAGCAUCGUUCAACUGUUACGAUUUAUGGACUACUACUCGAGGUAAAGCAAUAUCAUGUACACAAUCAUUCAAAUUCAUUUCAAUAUCAACAAAUACGCAACACUCAGAAUGUGUCCUAUGAGUCAGCAACAAUUUCACAAACGCCAUCACCACCACCAUUUAAAACAAAAUUACUGAUAACGUUUAAAAGUUGCUCUGAUGAUAUUUUUAUUGGAGGUGGUAUCAGUGGUUGCGUCUCAUGUUUAUUGGUAUUCUUCUUUCUCGGAUGGUUAAUAACGGGAAGUAUAUGGGUAUUUCCUGCUAAAUCGAAAGUUCAAUACAAUCAAUACAAUGAAACAAACUACUGUCAAGAAAAUCUAUAUAAGUUCACAUUUGGAUUAUUGCUCGCACAAUAUUCACUGAUUGGUCUUGUCAUAUGCUGUGGUGGUAUUCUAGCCUUAUUGGGUUUAUGCCUUGGCUAA